AUGAAUUCGGUUUUUACCAGCAUUCAGAAAUCAGGAUUGGAAUACACUUCUUCCGGAAAUGAGGAACCGUUAGAAGAUGAGGCGUGUGAAACUGUAACCGUUAAAAUGAGCGGUAGGAAGAAAGCUCAGAAGAAAAAAGGACGAACUAAAGAGAUUGGGGUUGACGACUUCGACGAUCUUGUGGAAAAUGCCAACGAUGAUGGGUGUGGUCUGUCAAGAAAGUUUGCGACGGACAUUAUCAGGUUAAUUAAAUGUCAUACCAAGCCAUUAAGUAAAGUGGCUGCAGAAUUUAUCGAGAUUUUCAAAGAUCGUUGUUCACUUGUCGUUGGUAUGGCUUUGCUUGCAAUCUAUGACGAUUUAGCUUCUACUGAUGACAUAGCCAGUAAAAUCGUUACAGUUUACUUGGUCUACAGGGUUCGUGAUAUUGAAGUUGCUCUUCGGAGAAGAAAUCCUGGUGGUAUCGACGACAUCUUGGGACAUCCUUUCAUGUCAUUCUUCCUGAAUCUCUCGGAAGCGGUAGAGGACAUUUGUGUGGCGUAUCCAUUGCCGAUCGGCAUCGAACGAUCCAUCGUGCUUCGUAUUUUAAACGGAAAAGCCUCAGAGUUUGCCAGCUUGACUGCCACAGAUCUACUAGCCGGGGGAGCACUUAAUGAUGCAAACCUCGGUUUCACCGAAGCUGAGCAGUAUUAUGUCAAACAGACAGCACGUUGGCCAGAACAUCUAGACAUGGUGACCAUUCCUGCCAUUCUCCCAUUUCCUGAUCCUGAGGAUAAUAGUCUUCACGACUUGACGCAGGAUGCUUUGCUCAUGUCUCUCAUGCAGCGGAUUUCUUGUGAGCCAUUGAAGCAGCUCCCUUUCAAAACCACACCGCUUAUGCCGCCGCUAUAUCCUAUUCAGCCCAUUGAGCUCGGAUGCGAUGAUUUUGACGAACUACGGAAUCGAGUAGCCGACACAAAUCCUCCUACACCCGGUACCUCGAAGGAAAAAACAAAAUUUCAAAACCAUAAUCUGCAAGCACCCAUUUCCGCUGUCCCCAAUUCUUCGCAGGAGCUCACUGAGGAGCAAAUGGCAGAAUUUACGAAACGGCUGCUUGAUGGAAAGUCGUUAACGCAGUCCGAAACCAAACAAAUGCUGAAGUCCCUUGAACGCGCCGAUGCCAACAACAAAUUUGUGAAUCAGUUCGUUCAGAUGAGUGAUGCAGAUCUAUCGCGCUUGAUCGAUUUGAACGUGAAAAUAGCUAUAGAGGUAAUCGACUUAUGUGUGUCCGCUGAUCAGGCGUUAGCAAACAGAGUUAUGCGAAUAGUACAGGGGAUGGAUGUUACUGUCCAAUGUAUGGAGGUGGUCACUCGUCUUUAUCAGUAUCGAUCCGAACUUUCUCGGGAGCCUCUGAACGAUUAUGUUCGUUAUUGCGUUCGGUACUGCCUGGACGCAAUACCGUCGUCCAACCUCAAUAGAGUAGUGCGCUUGGUUGCGAUAACCUUAAAAAAUCUGCUAAAGAGCGGCAGCAUAUCGGCAUCGGAGUUAUCACUGGAACUGCGCGAGUUUGGUGUGAGGUUUUGCCAACAUCCAGACACAACCUUCUUGUUCAAUACUGUUGGUCUAGCUCAGCUCAGGGAUGCUCGUGAGACAGUAGCAAAAACGCUAAAGGUUAGUACUUUUGACGAGGUUGCUGUCGAAAGCACUGCAACUGACCUGCCCGUAGGCCCUAUGGCUGCAGCGGGCACAUUACCAUCUUCGGGUAAUCUAUUCCUCGACUAUAUUUGUACGUUGAGCAAUGACGACAGAUCAUUUUUGUAUGCGCAGCCAGCUUGCGCUCUCUUCGUGUUUCGUAUGUUGCCAAGUGUCUCCCAACAGAUAGUAAUUAAGAUGAUUUGGAAUCCUAGUACCAGUGGAUCGUUCAGUCUUUCCAACGCAGAGUUGGAAUCAUCUCAUAAAUUGCUGAUUAAACUGGGAAUCGUUGGAGGCAGCGGCAAUUUGCACCCUUCAUUUCGUCAGUCAUAUCUCCGCUCUAUUAUGCUAGGGACACAGAAAUGUGCAAAAAUCAAACCUGUUGAGGUGGACAGUAAACGAAAACAAAAUGAAAAAGAGCUUGGAAAGAAAGCUGGCGAACGAUGGGAAUGUAUACUAAGGUACUUAGCUUUACCGUCUGACAAGAAUAUGAAUUCCGUAUCAUCGACUACACGGGAGUUGUUCUCAGCUGCCGGUUUUACGAGUGACAGCGAUGGAUCUUUGGAACUUGAAAUAACCUCUGCUGGAUUCCAGUUUCUGUUGCUUAGUCCUGUCCAACAACUAUGGACGUACAUGAUUGAGUAUCUCAAACUGGAAAAUUCAAAAGGAAGAGAUAUCAGACCAAUAAUUGAUCUUCUAAUUAGAGUGAUUUUAUGUGUCGUGAUAGGUGGUGACUUCUCUAACACAGCCUUUGAGAUCAACACUGGCUGGACGGAAGAGCAAACCACCUUAGUCAUGCACAUGCGAGAACUUGGAUUGAUUUUUAUUAGGAAGAGGAAAGAUGGCAGUGAUAUUUCACAAUAUACACUAUUUCUAUUCGCUUUUAAGAAGGUUAUAGCGUACCACCGCGAAGGUAACAUAACAGGCUCUUUAUGCGACAAACCAAUAUCCGCAAUCAAAUAUCCAUACUCCCUCUACUCAACACCGCUCACUACAGCAGUGUUGAACAUGUCGAAAGAGGACUAUCCUCGUACCAAUGAAGCAUAA